CAAACACUAACCUACAAAAAGUGCUUUUUGUCUUCUUGUUCGAUUUAUAUUUCACCAUUUUCCUUACUACAGCGAAAUUCGCUAAUUUUGCCAAUUGUAUUGAGAUAUAACCUUUUCUUUCAAUGCCACGAUUAAAACGGAGGACUCCGAUUGAAUUGCAAGUGUUUAUAAGCCGUGUCUCAACUUGCAAAUGUCAUGAUACUGCAUUAAUGUCGUGUUUACGUUGAACGUAGAUUGAUGUAUUAUUUUGUAUGAAAUCAACGUAGUGCUAAGGAUUUCGCUUUUCGAAUAUGAACUGCUCGAAAUUAAAUUAGGUUUCUCAAAGGACAUGAAAAUAUUUGUAUACUUUUACAAGUAUAGUGAGUGCAAGUGAGUGUCAGGUUCUAUCAUGGAGAACAAAAGUAGUCGCAAUUUCAUAAGUUACGUAGAUUUAGAAGAGCAUGAAAUGGAGAAUCUCGGAUCGAGUCGUGGAAGUUCCUUUAGCGAGAGUAAUAUAAAAUUGCUGCCGGGAGAAUCUAUCGCAGCAACAGCUAAAAAUGUCUUGAUGUUUUCCCCUGUUGGUGAUUUCAAACAAGGUAUAUCUGGAAUUCUCGUCGUUACUAAUUUCAAAUUAACAUUUCUGACUUCAGAGCACGUAAAUGGAGAAGAUGCUGUCCAUCAACAGAAUAAUCUUUAUGGUUAUACGGACACUUGUUUGUCAAACAUCGAUGCUAUUUAUUUAAUAAUAGGUGAUAAGAAAAGAAGGCUCGUUCCUAGGAUUAUACAGUCGUCCAAAAUAAAAGGAAGAAUUUUCAUCGUUUGCAAGAAUUUAAGGACCUGGUCUUUCUCUUUCAAAUUUUCAUCUCCAGAUCACGGACAGAAAGUAGUAAACGCACUUUUACAUCAUGCGUUCCCUAGCAGACACCAACUUCUGUUCGCUUACGAUUACAAAGAAAAAUACUAUUGUAGUAUCGACAAAGGCGUUCGACUGUUCCGGCAUAAAUCUGAGUGGGAAAACGAAUUGGAUCGUACGUCAUGUAAAAGUGGACUGUUGAAAAGAGGAUGGAGAUUAUCCACUGCCAAUGAACAAUUUCAAAUCUCUCCUAGUUUACCAGAGUAUAUAAUUGUACCUGGAUCCGUAACCGAUAGUCAACUCAUAAAUGCCGCUCAACACUUCCAAGAUAAUCGACCACCCAUUUGGUCGUGGUCAAAUGAACGAGGCGCUGCUUUGGUAAAAAUGGCAGAGCUGUCUUCAACAAUCACUGAGAGGACACAGGAAAAUAUAAUGCUCGAAAAUAUUCGAAAAAGUCAUCCACGAACAAUACAGCCCAUCGUCAUAGAGUUGAACAAGGAAGUCGGUGUUAAAACUAUAGCUGCCAGUUUUUCGAAAUUCGCCAGCCUAUGUUCUCCAGAAAACAUCAGACAAUUCUGGAUUCAGGACAAUGUUUUUUACUCCCUACUGGAAAAUACAAAGUGGCUGAAGUAUGUAUCACACUGUUUACAAAAAGCUGUAGAAACGUGUGAUCAUCUAAACGAGGGAGAGUCGGUCAUUUUGCAAGAAGGCAAUGGUCGAGAUAUCUGUUGCAUUGUGUCAAGCUUAACACAAUUAUUGCUCGAUCCAUACUUCCGAACAAUAACUGGAUUUCAGUCUCUUUUACAAAAGGAAUGGAUCGCCGCGGGACAUCCUUUUUGCGACCGGUUGGGUUACAUAAUUAGCGAAGAUUCAGAAAAGUCUCCUUUACUACUCCUCUUUCUGGACUGCGUAUGGCAAUUAUGUCAACAGUUUCCCGCUGAAUUUGAGUUCACGGAGACGUAUUUAACAACUUUAUGGGAUGCGGCACAUGUGUCAGUUUUUGACACUUUCAUCUUUAACUGUGAAAGGGAUCGAAUUCGUGCAGCUCAUGAUCGAAACAUUCCCCUUGUUCUCCGCAGCGUUUGGGAUUGGCGAGAACAGUUCAGUGACCAAGAUAUUCUUCUUUUUUACAAUCCCCUCUUCAACCAAGAAAACUCUCGAGACCAUGGGAAACGGUUUAUCAAACCACUCUAUAGCAUUUCAAGCUUAGAGCUUUGGUCUCAGUGCUACUUCCGUUGGAUUCCGCCUUUAGAAAUCCACAGCGGAGGACGAAAUCAUAUUGAGCUUUACACAAGAUUAGUUCAGAACGAUGUGGCUCAACUAAAAGUGAAUGCAAAUGGUAACCGUGGAUCUCCAGUUGAGAAGCUAACGACUUAUUUAGUGCAGAUGAACAUCGAUAGCUUUUACCCCUUUAGUAAUAAAAGAUCCGGAAACACUGUCAGCACUCCAAUUAUGAACAGUUCGAUGCUUAUGAAUGAAAGUUUAUUAGAUGCUCAGAGUCUGUUAACAGCACCUGAUUGAUUGCAAUUUUUUGAGCGGUGCGUGUUGUUUUGUAGGUAUACUUCGAUACUUUAGAACUAUUUCUUCAUAGCCAAUUUGAAAGGGGGAACGUUUGAGCCCCUGGAAUUUUUUUAUCAAUCCUUAGAUAGAAGUGGAAAUUAAAUUUCAAUUUUGUUAAAACUGUCAACAGUUUGUAGAAAGAAUAAACAUCAAUAAGAGCGUUAAUUAUGAGGACAUUGCGUGAUAUUGAAACGUCGAGAUGAAAAUAUGUUUUAUGAACUCAAGUAGAUUUAAGAAGCAAGUAAUUAAUUUUUAGGAAAAAUACGUUUUGUUAGUUUUACGUAUGAUAGUAAAUAGUUUUAAAUUUAUCAAAUUCUUUGGUUAAGAGAGUACGGUCAAAUAUACAGGGACAUAGAACAUUUUUGUAUAUAAAUGAGUCUUAUACUUAUUUUAGAGUACAAUCUACAGAGCUUCGUAGUAUAUGUUGAAUUCUAUUGGUUAUUUGAUCGUAUAGCCAUGUUCGAAAACUGUUUAAUAAGAUGCCAGAUUAUAGUUUGUAAUUUAUUUUUAUUUAUUUGAAACGAGAGCUUAUUGAGUGGUGAUAUAUAGUUCGAAUCAUGUUGACGUUUAAGAAUAUAAUUUUAUGUAAACUAUUUUUUUAAUGACGAAAAAUAAAAAUAUGGACGCGAAAUC